UUUGUACAGCAAACAUGUAUUGCCUUAGCUAGGGUUAAAUCCUCGGUGUCUUUGAACUCACAACCGCGUGUUCUCAGUAAGGUUAUACACUUGUCAAUACCUGCCUGUUCAUUGAAGUUGUGUGCCCAAAAUUAAUGUUUCUCGAACACAGUAUUCCUGCGUGGUGCACAGUAGUUGUCCAAUGCCUUCAUCACCUCGACCAGUUUCUUGUUUUCCAGGUCGGCAUAUGUGAUCUCUCCAGCUCGUCUAAAAACUGCUAUUUCCCUAGGCUCUGGCUUGUCAUUGAUCCCUCUGGCUAAGUAGUACAAGUUCAGUCUUUGUUUCCAUUCCUUGCAAGGAUUCCAGUCAAUAACAACGGAGAAGGUGGUGUAAACGACUGCAUUGCUGCUCAUCCCAAACUCCAUAGCUAUUGGGACUGCGUUGAACCAUUGACUCUGCGCUAGUGCACGUUUGCUAGCAGAAUGGAGGGAAGUGGGGGUUUAUUCGAUCGCCUACGAAUUCUCAGAAGGUAGCCCGACAUUCGGCCCCUCUUUCUCCACCUCCUCUUCACGCAGAUCAGGAUCAGGGCCUGUUUCCGAGGAAGCAGUGUAUCCUUCGCGUCGGGCUCGUCAGAGUCGUGAAAGGAAAAAGAGGAUUCUACUUGUCCGUGGAUUUCAGGUCAAGUUCAAACCACGUGUACCUAUUUUAGAAAACUCAAAGGACUAUGCAUUUCAGGGAUGGAUAAAUAAAACCAGAACAAAAAUCUGCUCCCGUAACACAGUACUAUCAUACAAGGCCUAUCUUGAUAUGACAAUGGUGUGAAGUGGCCCUCAGGAAAGAAGAACACAAGUCCCUCAGGUGUCCCACUGUCCUCUUCAUCGCUCCAUGCCCCGCUAAGAAGACAACACAGUGUUCCACUUGUGGAAAGAAGAGUUUUGCACCCUCUUUUUGCUCUACCGUUUCUUUCUUGCCAUGGGGGGUGCAGUGAGUGCCGGGGAGGACAACAAUGAUCUGAUUGACAACCUGAAGGAUGCGCAGUACAUCCGUACAGGUCGCGUGGAGCAGGCCUUCAGGGCCAUAGACCGCGGGGACUACUACCUGGAUGGCUACAGGGACAAUGCCUAUAAGGACCUGGCGUGGAAGCAUGGCAACAUCCACCUUUCUGCCCCCUGUAUCUACUCUGAGGUGAUGGAGGCUCUGAAGCUCCAGCAGGGACUGUCCUUCCUCAAUCUGGGCAGUGGGACUGGAUACCUCAGCACCAUGGUGGGACUCAUAAUAGGUCCAUUUGGUGUGAACCAUGGAGUGGAGCUCCAUACGGAUGUGGUGGAAUACGCCAAGGAGAAACUAGAUGACUUCAUCAAGAAUAGUGACAGCUUUGAUAAGUUUGAGUUCUGUGAACCCAUCUUUGUGGUGGGCAACUGUCUGGAGAUCUCGUCAGACAGUCACCAAUACGACCGUAUCUACUGUGGUGCGGGGGUGCAGAAGGAUCAUGAAAAUUACAUGAAAAUCCUGCUCAAAGUUGGGGGUAUUCUAGUGAUGCCUAUAGAGGAUCAGCUGAUACAGAUCACCAGGACUGGUCAGUGUUCCUGGGAGAGUAAGAAUAUCCUGGCCGUGUCAUUCGCACCUCUGGUCCAGAAGAACAGAGCUGAGGGAAGCAAGCCUGAUGCUGUAGAGCUCCCCCCAGUGACAGUCAGGAGCCUUCAGGACCUGUCUCGCGUCUACAUCCGCCGCACUCUCCGAGAUCUGACCAAUGAAGAAUGUCCUGACAAAGGUCUGGUGCAGAGGGCGCCCCAUAAACGCAAGCGCAGGCGUUGCCGGCUGCGACGCAUUAACACGUACAUCUUUGUGGGUAACCAGCUGAUCCCCCAAGCCAUGGAGAGCGAGGAGGACGAACAGAUUGACCAGGAGCAGCACAAGGAGGACCAGGAGCAGCAAGAGGCGCAGGAGAAGGAGCAGGAGGAGGAGAGAGACAUUGGCAGCGUUGAGAUACUAAAGGCAGUGAAUGUACUGAGAGACAAAAUCAUGACUUUACCUCUGCCUGAAUCGCUGAAGACCUAUCUGUUAUACUACAGAGAAAAAUGACUGACUGCUCAACCUGCUGGCAUCUGUUCUCAUGGAUGCCAUGCCUGCUGAGAUGCUUUUCUUCAUUCUCCUGUUUUCUCUUUUUUCAGUACUGAAUGAUGUAGUAUUCUUUUUCUUCUUCAAUAUGAACAUGGAAUGGACACUGAGACUUCCUGGGUCGUCAUGGAUCAUUUUCUAUAGUUACUAUGAUAUGGUUAUGUUCGUUUUUAUGAUCGAUUGUCUUUUGAAUUUGUAUAUCAAAGAUUUAUUUAAAGGCCUACUGAAUGGAAAAUCCUUUUCAAAUAUGGUAUUUUGAGGAUGUAGAUUGUAUCACAUGUUAAUAUUCCAGCAAAUUGUCACGAAAUGAAAUUGUAUAAAAUAAAAUGCUACCUAUAUUUGUUAACAA